AUGAUAGCCCAAUUGGCAUGGGCUCUACUAUGUCUUGUUGCAGCAUGGAUGCCACUUGUGUGCUUGAGUCUUCUAAAGGGAUGGUCUUGGUCACGGACCUUAUGUUCAUGGCGCCUAACAUUUCCCACUCUUUCCUUCAGCAGCCACAGGCACAGAGAGAUAUCAUCCGAGUCUGUCAGCCGUCCUCGGCUCAUAGCCACCACCUUCAGUGGCCAGUGCUGCACUGACCCACAUCACGAACAAGAAUGUUCUGAAUUGAACGAGGAUGAUGUGAAGGUAUUGGUUUCUCACAUCCACGAGACCGAUGGCGGUCCGCCAUGGAAGCUCAUGAUGGAGCACUCUACCCCUACCUUGACAUACCAAGCUUGGUACAGGGAUCCACCGUUGGGCCCUACGCAGUACCGUACAAGAACCGUAUUCGAAAAUGUAUCACCUGAGUUGCUGAGGAACUUCUUCUGGGAUGAUGAAUUUAGACCCCAGUGGGAUAACACGCUCAUUCACUUCCAAACUCUCAGAGUUUGCCCCAAAAUUGGUUCCAUGACCAUCCACUGGAUUAGAAAGCUGCCAUUGUUCUGCAGUGAUCGAGAAUAUGUCAUAACCCGUCGCAUUUGGGAAUCUGAUUCUGGAUAUUACUGCCUAACAAAGGGAACACCAUAUCCACCCCUACCAAGGUCUAAAAGACCAAGACGGGUAGAUAAUUAUUAUUCGAGUUGGCAUAUAAAAUCAGUGAAGCCUAGGAAUGGAGAGCAGCAUAAAGUGGCAUCAGAAGUGCUUCUGUUUCAUCAUGAAGAUAUAGGGCUCCCGAGGGAGGUUGUGAAGAUGGGUGUUAGGGCAGGAAUGUGGAGCCUGGUAAAGAGACUGCAUCUGGGCCUGCAGACUUACCAAAUGGCAAAGGAAAAUGAUGGGUCUCCUUCGAAUUAUGCACUUAUGGCAAACAUAAACACAAAGAUUAAAAAUUAG